ACGCUUUUAAUUCAGUUUACCGUACAAGUCAGUUUUAUCAAUUUGCAUUGAGCCGAUGUUUCCUCGCCACCACGAAGAUCAGUGGACGAGCGUCGAAAUGCACUGUAUUGUAAAUUUGCACUUUAAAAGAUUCCGGCUUUGACUUGUGGAGAAACAGUACAGGACAGGAACAGACACGUGUACUGUAUUAAGAAGGCAGAAGUUGUUCGGCUCAUUUCCUUAUUAAAUUGACCUCAAUGAAGUCCUCACUACCUGCACCAAGACGCAGUGCUUCAACUAGCGAUGUUUCCAGGACUCUGACUGCUGCUAAAGAGAAUUUUAAGAAGGGAGCACAAGCUAGGCUUCCACUGCAGAGCAGAAAAAAUGUAAUUCCUAACUGGCCAGAGAAACCUCUGAAUAGACUGCGUAAAAGCACAAUUGAUACCAGUAACUUGAAGCCUUUGGAGAAUCAGUUGCCCGGGUCAAGUGUUUCAAAGGUCAAAAGCAGAAGGUUCACCACUGGCUCCUUCACUCCGAAUUCAAUCCGGAAGUUGGAUAGGAAGAUGGAACCCAAGUUCAAAAAGGCCGCACAAACAGAAGGAAGUCCACUCAAUUCAACGUUUUGUCUCCCGUGUCCUGAUGGCAAACCGGCAAAGACCAAGAGUUCAGAUGUGGUUAUGGUGCAGAACCGCUUGCCCGGCGCUGAUGCCACUUGCAGUGUACCUGAAUCCAAGUUGGUGCCCUCGGCCAACUUACCACUUACACCAGUAGAACCUGGUGACUUUACAAGUUUAUUAACCACCCCUAUCAUGCAAGAGUGUUUAGAGAUAGCUGCCCAGUUAAGCGAUGAAGACAAAACUUGUCCUGUUAACACACUAAGUCAGUGGCCCAUGAGCAAUGUUUCUGUAAUAACUGAAGAGCCCAUGCCACUUGACUGCUCAUCUUCCUUCUUCUCAGACAUCUCCCUAGUAAAAUCUCCACGUGUUGGCUGUACUCUGGAAUUGCCCAGAAACAGUUUAAUGGACACCAGUUGUCAACAAAUCUACACAGAAAUAAAUUGUAUUGAGCUGCCCUCAAGUGACACGUUAGAAAAUGGAUACUCUGACUGUGAUUCUGAGACUCUGUCAUUUUCAGGAAACUUGAUUCAGUUUGAUACUGAGGUGCCGAGUGACCCCAAGGAUCUUGUGGGCAUUGCUCCUUAUGUGCCAGAGGCAAAAGGUCAUUCCAAAAAUGUGAACCGGUCACCCGCCGUAACCAACUGCCGUCCUUCGGAGGGUGUAGAAGAUUUAAUGACAUUAGAUGGCACCAUGGCGCACGCUGAUACUUCAGAUAUGCCAUCAAAGAAUGAAUUCCCUGAUAAAAGAGCCAUACAAACAAAGCCCUCAUCAGCCUCAAAGUUGCCUCUGUCUCAGGCAGACUUGCUGUUGUGUGAAGGGCCCACGGUAAGUGAUGAAAUUCUGGUCGUGCCUCAACAGAAUGUGUGCUUUGGGAAUGAGGUUGAGAAGCCAGCUACACUGACUAAUUUUCCGCAAAGUCUCACUCCAGGGAACUUGAUCCAAUUGAACGAAACAAUGACAUUGAAAGGUAAUAGAACAUUUGAUGCGUCAAAGCCUGAAUGCAGCUUUAGGAAUGAUUCCAACAGGCUUCCAUCGACAGGAAAUAAAGUGCAAUUGAAUGAUACCAUGACAGUGGACCAUAAAAAUACAACCUUUGAAGCAUCGAAGCAUGAAUGCAUUUUGGGAAGUGACCCCAAGGUCACUGGCAUGUUACUUCCAGUUAUAGAUGAUAAAGUGCAGUUAAAUGAUACCAUGACAAUGGACCAUAAAAAUGCAACCUUUGAAGCAUCGAAGCAUGAAUGCAAUUUGGGAAGUGACUCCAAUGCGGCUGCUGGCAUCUUACCUCCAAGUAUAGACAAUCAAAUGCAAUUAAUUAAUACCAUGAAUGUAGACCAAAGAAAUGCAACCUUUGAAGCAUUGAAACAUGAAGAGUGCUUUGGAGGUGAUGUUAGCAAAGUGACUACCUUGUCACUCUGCAAGUUCACAAGUGAGGCAGUGCAGCUAAAUGGAACUAUGCCGGACCUCAAAGAUGCAAGGUUUGAGCCAACGGAAGUUGGCAACAGCUUGGAAAUGGUAGAAGAUGGCAGAAGUAAAGAGCUGCCCAGUUGUGAGCCACAUCUGUCUUCAGAAGGUUUAAAUGAUCUUGAACAACUCAAUUCUGAAAGCCUUACGCUUGUGAGAAAACGGGAUGGCAGUGCGUUAAUUUCUGUCUCAGAACAGCAGGGAAUAAAGCAAAAUGGUGAGAGUAGCCACUCAAAAGAUUCAAAUGCCACCCCAAAUUUUAGAAAAGAUGAUUCCAAAUCUUCUGCCAGAAGUGAACUACAUCAAGACAAUGAUGGCAACAUCAGUUCUGCAGAACUUGAGAAAGAUCCUCCUGACUUAAUAAAAAGUAUACAUUUAAGAGAUUCUAUGCAAAACGAAGAACUUAAUGUUUGUGAAAGUGCUGAUUUAGUCCACGAUGCAGUGAGUUCAGAAUGGGCUCCGCACUUCAUGUCUACUCCAAAUGUUGCUAUGAGAAUGAGUUUUCUGGAAUAUAUGCCAUUUGAUCAUUCCUUCCAGAGCUCUUCCUCCACCCUUCAGGAUGAUGCUGAUUCUCUUGAUAAACAAGUUCCCAAAGCUGACUUGAGCUAUGGAUCUACCAAAAGUGACACCAAGCGCGCCAGUGGAAGGGUCGUAAAUGCACCAAGAAUUGAGCAGAAAGCCAAAGUGUUUAUGACAAGCUCCUUGAAACCCACUUCCUCCCUUCUUGCAACCAGAAGGAAAACUCUCAAUCUGGCAGCUGGGUCUCAGGAAGAUAAAUGCAGUGCAGAAAAGAAGUCUAUACCUUUGUCUAGAAGAACCACUAGGCUGAGUUCUUCUUCAACGGGAAGAGGGGGAAAGCCUCCAAUACAACCAUCCACUCUUUCCAAGAUGUGCCCUCCAAAACCUCGCCUAAUCCUAGGGAAGCCAAGCAGUGUUGGAACUGGGCAGAGUGAGGCCAGUAAUCAGCUUUCGUCUGGCCGGACUGGGGCUAGUACCAAAAUGCUCGCUAAAGCAGAAUCUCAAGUUACUUCAAGGAUACCUGGGAUAAAACGAAGAUCUCCACAGGUAGCCUCAAAGGAUCCUGCCCAGGAGCUGGAAAGACCAGGCUCCAAACCAGUUCAGCUCUUCACUAUGGGUGUGUCUGAUCCUCCACGGAGUAACAGAAGUGCCCACAAACCUUCUGUUUUGCCAUCCAAAAGUAUUGUAACAGGCAUGAAGCGUCCGGGCAGUGCAGUGGGGCCGAAAAGGCAGUGCCAUCCCCAAAGAGACCCAAGGCAGUUGGAGAGGUGACUGCCAAGGUGUCUAAGAAAGGUGCAACAAAAUUAUUAUUGCUGACAGAAUCAAAACAGAAGGGAGUGGAGAAACCAGUCUCUGAAUCAAAGGUCAAUAUG